UUGCGACCUGGUUUUCGGCAGUGUGGCGGGCCUUGAAAAAAUUGAAGGAAGAGGAAGAUGAAGGAAGAUGUCUGAAAAUAGAGUCGCGGCGGGAAACGAGAUGCCGGCGAAAAAGCAGAAACUCAGCAGCGAUGAGAAUAGCAAUCCUGACCUUUCAGGCGAUGAAAACGAUGAUGCUGUCAGUAUUGAGAGUGGGACCAACACCGAACGGCCAGAUACCCCCACGAACACACCCAAUGCUCCAGGAAGGAAGAGUUGGGGGAAAGGAAAGUGGAAGUCAAAGAAAUGCAAAUAUUCAUUCAAAUGUGUCAACAGUCUUAAAGAAGAUCAUGGUCAGCCUUUGUUCGGGGUGCAGUUUAACUGGCAUAGUAAAGAAGGAGAUCCGUUAGUGUUUGCCACAGUUGGAAGCAAUAGGGUGACUUUAUAUGAAUGCCAUUCCCAGGGAGAAAUUCGCCUCCUGCAAUCAUAUGUAGAUGCUGAUGCUGAUGAGAACUUUUAUACUUGUGCUUGGACCUUUGAUAGCAGCACAAGUCAUCCUUUGCUUGCAGUUGCAGGGUCACGGGGGAUCAUUCGUGUUAUAAACCACAUUACAAUGCAGUGCAUUAAGCACUAUGUUGGUCAUGGGAAUGCAAUAAAUGAGCUCAAAUUUCACCCUAGAGAUCCAAAUCUUCUACUUUCAGUAAGCAAAGAUCAUGCCCUUAGACUUUGGAAUAUUCAGACUGACACUUUAGUUGCCAUAUUUGGAGGUGUUGAAGGUCACAGAGAUGAAGUCCUCAGUGCUGACUUUGACCUCCUAGGUGAAAAGAUAAUGUCUUGUGGAAUGGACCACUCCCUGAAGUUAUGGAGGAUAAACUCGGAAAGAAUGCAGAAAGCAAUUAAAGGAUCAUAUGAAUAUAACCCUAGUAAAACUAAUAGGCCUUUCAUCUCUCAAAAGAUACAUUUUCCUGAUUUUUCUACCAGAGACAUUCACCGAAAUUAUGUUGAUUGUGUGAGAUGGCUGGGGGACUUAAUACUUUCUAAGUCUUGUGAAAAUGCUAUAGUAUGUUGGAAACCAGGAAAGAUGGAAGACGACAUAGACAGUAUUAAGCCUAAUGAGUCAAAUGUUACCAUCCUUGGUAGAUUUGACUAUAGUCAGUGUGACAUCUGGUAUAUGCGCUUCUCGAUGGAUUUCUGGCAAAAGAUGUUGGCCUUAGGCAAUCAAGUUGGAAAAUUAUAUGUGUGGGACUUGGAAGUGGAAGAUCCUCAUAAAGCAAAGUGUACCACCUUGACCUAUCCAAAAUGCACUUCGGCUAUCCGUCAGACCAGUUUCAGCCGUGACAGCAGCAUCUUGAUAGCUGUAUGUGAUGAUGCCUCAAUUUGGCGCUGGGAUCGUUUACGAUAGUUGAGGAGUAUGAUAUUUCUUGCAGUUUUGAGCUGGCUAAUAGUUCUGUCCUUGCACAGCUUUGUGCCUUUUGUUGACUGUGUUAGAAGCAUCAGAUGUCACCCAGCAUGCAUGGGCUUUUAUUUUACUAUGCUUGUUUCUCACUUUUGGUCCCUUUUUGCUUUUAAUAAAAUUUUAUUUUUUUAAAUUGUGUGUUUUUAAUUUUUUUUUUUUUUUUUUUAAAGUUUGGCAAGAGGUAAUCUCGCUAGAUAAAUAAAGUGGGUUCUGUUGCCGUGUUGUAGUGUCCCUUGCUGGUAAAGGAAAGCAAGUCAACUCUGAAGUGUCCACAAGCGAUCCUGUUUGAUUUGUUUAUACACACACACACACACACACACACAUACAUACAUAUAUAUACUAUUAUGUAUAUUUUUAACUAGGGGAAUGGUUUCUUCAACAAUAAAUUUUAUACUGCCAGUAUUUUAUACCCAUGAAACUGCAAAUGUGUUUAAAAAAAAAAUGAAGUUAAAUUAUUAACCAGGAUCAUUUGUAAUCCAUUGUAGUUUCUUAUUUCAUAUCCCCCAAGUUUAUCACCAGCUUUCUUUUUUCUCUGAAUCUUUAAAUUAUAUGAAAUAUGAUUGAAUGUGAAAAUCCAGCAUAUGGUGCCAUGCUGCUAUUCACUUUUUGAAGCGGUUUAGGAGAAUACAGUGAGUACAUUCAUUGCCUGCUAAACUUGGGCCAGUGUGUAUCUUUUUCUGAAAGAGAGGUUAAUUGUGAUCUCCUUAAUUUUUCCUCUUGGAAAAACUGCCUUAAUUAUGGCACACCAAAACAUUGUUAAUGGCAGUGCAAUGAAGUAUUAACUACCCAUUCUAAGCAGUACAUAAAGUGCAGUUUAUAAUGAUUACUUAAAAAAUUUGAAAGUGUUAAUUUAUUUUCAUUUUUAUAGACACUUCUGGUUUGAUGUAAAUGUUUUUUUUUUUGUAAGUUAUGAUUUGUAAUUUUAUAUCAGUGUAUUGUCAAUAAAAACAAUGACUGCAAAAUGAUUUGAUCCACAUUGCUGAAUAUUUAUAACUUACGUAAAUUAAGCUUUACAAUCUUGCUAUAUAACACAAAAAUGUUUGAGUCAUGUAUGAUAGCUGAUGCCUGAUAGCUGAUUACCGAUGCCUCGUUGAACACUGCAGAUUUCAGUCUGAGAAAGACAUCGCCUUUUAUUUUUUUUUUUUAUUUGUUAAUGGUGGUGCUGAAGCUUUUGGAGUGUGAUAUUAUCCUGACUAAAUUGUGCUCCAUAGCUGAAAUAUGUUUGCUCUGUACAAUAGUGCCUUACACGUUGAUGGAUUAGAUCCUGCCAAGCAGUCAUUGUUCUCGGAGUACUUCCUUAUCUGAAACAUUUGUGGUAUAAUUUAAAUAAAAUAUUUUACAAAUGCAUAGUGGUU